AUGUUCUAAUGUAUUACAUUAUUUUGGUAUAUUUAAUAUUUAUAGGCAAUGUCAAAACAAAAUGAAAAACCACACAACAGUGAAUAAGUUUGUUCUCACUGGUCUGUCUGAUCUUCCAAGUCUUCAGCUUCCUCUGUUCCUGGUGUUUCUCCUGAUCUACCUUAUAACUCUGACUGGGAACCUUCUAAUUAUUCUCCUGAUCUUCACUGAUUCCCAUCUUCACACCCCCAUGUACUUCUUCCUUGGAACCCUGGCAGGUCUGGAUAUGAGUUACUCCUCAGUCACUGUCCCAAGAAUACUCUUUGAUUUACUCAGAGAAAGAAAAAUAAUUUCUAUGCGAUCUUGUAUAACUCAGUUCUACUUAUUUUUCUUUUUCAUUACAUCAGAGAUAUCUGUGUUGGCAGUGAUGUCCUAUGACAGAUACAUUGCCAUAUGUCGGCCUCUUCACUACAUGCAGAUAAUGAACUGGAAUGUUUGUGUUCAGCUUGUAUCAGGUGUGUUGGUUUUAAGUACAAUUAACUCCUUAGUGCACACUCUUUUUAUAACUAAACUGACCUUUUGUCUCCCAAAUAUUUUGCAAAGUUUCUUUUGUGACCUGCCCCAGUUGCUUGAGGUCUCCUGUAGUGACACAUUCAUCAAUGUAUUGUUUAUAUUUCUCGCUGGAAUACUGUUUGGAGUAGGAAUUUUAGGCAUCACCUUUUACCCAUACAUCCCUAUAAUCUCCACUGUAUUGAAAAUGACUUCAAAACACACAAGAGCCAAAGCUUUCUCCACCUGCUCCUCUCAUUUAACUGUGGUCUUUGUAUUUUACACUACUGUUUUCUUCAACUACUUUCGUUCAAAUGCAAAUGAUCAUUUAGUUGAGGCCAAAUUGGCUUCUGUUUUUUUUGCAACAGUAACUCCUUGUCUAAACCCUGUGAUCUACAGUCUGAGGAACCAAGAACUCAAAUUAUCCAUAAGAAGAGCUUUACAAAGACUACAAUAG